AUGCCAAUCUCAGAACAACUGUACAAGAGCAUACUUCUAUCGAGGAAAUCUAAAAGACUACCACCAUCGAAAGUGGCCGCGGUAGCGAGCCCACUGCUGACCAAUUUUGAGAAAUGGUCCGGGAAGAAGAUUAGACUGAACCUGGGAAAAGUAGAGUUCGAGAAUUUAUCAGAGAAUCUGUUUGCACAGGUACUCUCUUCUCCAAACAGGCUGGAUCGAAUCAGUAGAUUGAAAAUGCCCUCCGAUUUGCUGCUCCAGAUGAAGUUGGACUUGAGCGAGUGUUCAAAGAGCCUGAAGCUGCCCUUACACUCGGACAAGUCUGGCAAGAACUCGUACGUAGUCAAUUCCCUGGCCAUGCUGAAGAGCAAAAUAAAAUCUGCCGCCUCAGUACUGCCCCUCCAUAUACUCGCAUCGAACAACGCCAACAUGAAGGGUGUUGCGUUGAACAGGGAUAAACUGUUACGAGACUACCAAGACAGCAUGACGGAAACGAUUGCUUCACAAUUAAACCGUGUUUCUCGCGUCCCGAAAUCGGUCAACCAAAACGACAUAUUCGUAGUCUACGACGACAAGGCUACAUCAGCAAUUGAACUGAGAGAGGUUACAGACCCAACAAACUCCAAGACAAGCACCCAGGUAAUCGUGUUCAACUUUGCCCACUUGGCACCUUUGCAGCCCUUGAAACAGAUCAUAGAUUCAACAACAGACAAAAGAAUCCACCUGUCGAUGGCCUCAAAUCAAGAGCUCAUAAAACUGAUAUUCAAAUAUCUUUCAUUCUUAACUUGA